UUCUUUAAAGGGGUUUCAAAACGAAACUGACGAACAGUUUUGUGAAAACCUAAAUCAUCAAAGGCGACAAAUACAAUGUCCUGGACUUAAGUUUUAGAGUGUUGCCACUAAUACAAAAAGAACAUUAAGCUGGGUCCUCUGCAUUUUUGAGUGCAGGUAUCGAAACAUCAACAGGUGCUUAAAAGAACAGGCAAAAUGGAUUCCAAACACAAAAAAGUUCUGAACAAGUACAGAGUGAGGUUGCUACAACAUCUAAAAAUCAGUUCUUCGUUUAUCAGUUACCUUCAAGCAGUGGAGAUUAUGUCAAGGGCCAUGAAAGAGGAUAUCGAGAUUGAACAGAAACGUUCCAAGAAAGCAGCACUGUUUCUUGAUUUGUUGGAAAGGAGAGGGGAACGUGCUUUUGAUGAAUUCUAUAAUGCGCUCAUUCACACUGACCAAGCUGAACUUGCAGAUCUCCUGAAGCCAGGCGUAGCAAUAGAACGCAGAGCUAUACAACAGCAACGUGUUGAAGAGAAGAGUGCUCAAUUGGCUGCGAUGAGUUAUCAGUUGCAACUGAAUCCUGCCGUUGUGGAUCAAUACCAAUCAAGCCAAUCAAGCCAAUAUCAAUCAAGCCAAAAUCCAAAGGGCCAAUCUCAGCCAAACGACAUAGUUGUUAUUUCUAAUAUGAACUCGAUGCGUGGGCAACCGUUGGGCACAUCUUCAGAUGACGGAAAUUGCAUAAGUAUAACCUCUUUGGUUGAAUCAAAUCAGUCCUCCUGUCCAAUAGAAAAUGAUGAGAGACCUUUGGACGAAUGGCCAGCCGACGAUUGGGCUCCAGUUACAGAAAUAGAUAAAAUGAGGACAAGUCCAGAUGAUUGGAAAACUCGAAUUUCAGGCGGAAAUAAGUAUUACACAAUGAUGAAAAGAGGAAGGGCUAUUAUCAUAAACAAUGCCAAGUUCAAUGGGAAGAUGGGUAACAGACCAGACUCCAAAGAGGAUGUAAAAAACCUUACCCAUCUAUUUAGUCAUCUUGGAUACACCGUUUCACCAACGAAAAAGUGGCAGAAUUUAACUGCAGAGAACAUGCGUUCACAAUUGCGUAAAGAGAGCAGACAUAACGAUCACCAGGAUGUUAGUUCAUUUGUUUGCGUCAUCUUGAGUCAUGGGAACAAUGGAUUGAUAUACGAUGUGGACGGUGCUAUUAUAACAAUUGAAGAAAUAAAGACAAUGUUCAACAGUAAAAAUAGUCCACAUCUGGCUGGUAAACCAAAGAUCUUCAUCAUUCAAACCUGCAAGCUCACUGCCAAUGGUAUGGACAAUGAGUCUAGCAUAGAGUCGAACUUGAGCAGCAUGCCAAGCAUGUCAUUUGACAUAAAUGAUGGUGAUCGUAAAGGACUCCAAGGUCCAAACGAUGUUAAAGAAGAGUGUGACAGUGUACAAGUCCCCGAUGAUUCAGAUAUGAUAGUCGUUUCUUCAACGACAGAAGGUACAGAUUCAUUUUCUUCUGGCCGCAAAGGCAGUUGGUUCAUACAGGCUGUGGUUUAUGUGUUCGUGAAGCAUGCACACAACACAGAAAUAAGAGAGCUCUUCACCAAGGUCAACCAACUUAUGUUAAAAGAGGGUACAAAGCAAGCCAGGAAACAGCACGCCAGCGAUACACCCAAAUUGACUUCGCAGAUUGAUCACACUUUACAGAAGGACCUCUAUCUUUAUCCUGGAUUGAACUCCGAUUGAUCUGAAACUUUAAAAAAACAAUUCCUUCGGGGGACUCAUAUUCCCACAUGCACCAUACGCCAAAAUUGUGUUAUAACUUUAUGGUAUAUAUAACGUGACUGAAAUCAUUGCUAAAACCAUUAUUUCUCUAAAGUCAUCAUGUAUCCUCCAUUGAUCCCAUAUGCGUACACUUCGUCUUCACUGCUUCUAACUUGAUCAAGGUGAAUAUGAAGAUGUGUAUCUAUGAGUUUUCGACACAUUUCAAUCGCGACACAUGACACGAUCCAUUUUUAGAUAAAUUCAAUUAUUUUUGUUCAACAUCACCACAGAAAACAUAUGACUCCUGCUUCAAAAGCUUGCCUACUUUAAAAAAGCUGCCAUUUUUGUCUCGCAAAAU